AUGGCUCGACACGACGACUUGCUGCGUCGCCUUGAGGCGGUGGAGCGCAGUUGCAGGCUCACCACUGAGCUGGCUUUACUCACUGACCGCGACCUGCAGCAGGAGAAGAGCAAGCGCCAAAUCAUCUUGCACCUACGUGGUGAGUGCUUGGAUGAGGUGCAGAAACUGUUCAACGACCACUUGGACAAGAAGGGCAAGGACACUGGUGGCAAAAAACCUCGUGUGCAGCCUGCAGCUGGUGGAGCAGUCGUGACGAAGCAGCCCAGCGCUCAGCUGUGGAACUGGUUGCUUGAGGCGCUCAAGAAACGUGCUUCGGCUGCGACUGAAGCUGGACGCUGUCAGCUUGCUGUGCAGGCGGUGCAAGGGCUCUACUCGGUGGAAGGUGCAGCGGUCCUUCACAGUACACACUUCCACACCAGGGAGCCGGUGGAGGACGACAGAGGCCGGGUUUGGCGUGCUAGCCUUGACUUCGCCUUCUUGGAGCACGGCACCAAAGCGCUACAAGCUUUCGCUUUCGAGUUGCAGGCCUUCUCCUACGGUGACUUUUGCUACCACCGCGCGUCGGUGACCGUGGUGGCCGUGGUGAAGGACGUGACAACGGUGCAGCUGACGACAAACGCGACAGUCGUCGUGACGACCCUCGCCGUGGCAGAGACCGUGAUUACCGUGAGAGACGACGCUGAGUGCGCGAAGCUGGGGUCGAGGCUCAUGCGUGGUGGUGCAAGCUGCGCGAUGAGUUUGGGGAGCCUGGAGUUCACUACAAGGGCUUUGUUUUUCUUACUUUACUUUCACUUCUUCUUUGACAAAGUGGAGCACUUUCUUUCAGCUGAAGUUUUGGCGACGACUGUCGCUUGGAAUACGCCUUUUCAUGGCCGUGGGGCUACAGGGUCAUGGAUGGAUCGUAUGUUUCACUUUUUGGCAUUUCAUGCUCUCUCGAGGGCGACGAAGUCUACAGCAGCAGCACCACGCGGUGCCGAGCUCCUACGGCUUGGUGCAGCCCGGGGUCCAGGCCUGCUUGAGGCCAGCCUAGCUACCUCGACGUCCAAAGAGGUCCGGCAUCUUGGCAGUCGGACCGGCACCUGUGUAGAAAGCGUUGUGCAAUCCGUUGCUGAGAGCUCUGAUGAUUACUGCUUUGAGGGCGCCAAGCAAGGGAAUGAUGUGGUCUGCAGUCUGAGCUCGGUCAAACUGUGGUGCAUUCCUAUGAAGGUGUGGCAGAAGUUAACGCAUGCUCUCUAUGGUAACUCUGUUGCUGCCAACACUGCAGCGGUCUCGCCUGAUCCUUGGAGUGCAUACUUGGCCAACACCAAGCAGCCUGCCAAGAGGGCGAAGUGGGAGGAUGGAUUGACAUUGGAGGCUGGCCAACUAGUACAGGGAAGCACUGAGCCUAAGCAAAUUGCGACAGGUGCAGUGACCUGUGAUGCCACGGGAAUCGCCUUCUGCACACUCAAGUCGCUUGAAAGUCUUAGCCAGGUCCGCUCCACCAAAGCGCUUGCAGUGCUGCUUCCUGGGUGCCAGCACAGCCAAAGUUUGUUCGACGGAUUUGGCAUCAACGCAGGGGCAACGAUUAAGGGUAUGGUCAGGGUUCAUGACGAGGUUUCGAAGGUGAUUGAGCUUAAGGGGGUCACCGUGGUCAACCUUGGAGCUGAGCCGGUCACCUUUGCCAAACUUGAACCCAAGUUGAAGGUGCCCACAGAUCCCACAGCGAUCAUUGUUGCAGAGAUUGAUUCAAGGUACAUGAACCCAGAGCUCAAGCAGUCUGUGCAGCGCAAUGUCAGGGCUGCCAUGCAAACACAUGUCAUCCAGAUGAUGCCUGACGAGGUUCACCUGAGCCAUUUCGAUUUCUUCGGAUGGUUCAAAAGGGGGCAAGGGGAGAAGGUUGUUCAUGGGGUUAAGUUUCUCGUCCCGGCGAAGUCCCUGGAAAGCGUCCUUGCCAAAUCGGGGAUGAUUCAGCCAGUCUUCUUCAGACAUUUCAUUGAGACUGGAAAUAAUCCUGUGCCCAACUUCUCGCUCCAGUGGCAGCGAGGGCAAUCUUAUGCAGAGGUCAAGAAGCUGGCUUCUUCCACGCAGGGGGUGAUGGGCAUCAUUCUGAGCAGUGGAGGGCUGGGAGUCAGGGUCAGAGCAGAUGCUGUCUCUGAAGUUCGCCGCAUUGUUGCACCUGAGGCGCCAAGUUUCACAUCGGACAACAGGGGCGUGAUUGUCCGAGAACACUGGCAAAUUGCAGGUGUACCUAGGGCACUACGUGUUGAGGACCUCAUCAAACAGCUGGCAUCGUGGGGUUGGCAGCUCGUGCCCACCAAGGCCUGGGCCAUGCCGGGUUGUCCCCAGUUGCUGGUAUGGCUCGUGGGAGCGUAG